CGGGUUACUCUUUUAACAGCGCACGGAGCUAACUUAAGCUAGCGCAUUAAUGCUAACCGAAAAUGAAAGCUGCUGUGUCAGCUUAACCCGGCCGGGCCUUACUCUCUUCUCCUGUUCCGGCUUUUGAAGGUAAAAGACGAAUGACUUGAGGUCGGCCGGUGCUUCUUUCAACUUGCUUCCCCGAGUUUGCCACAUCGCUGGAACAUGCUAGCGUCAUUUGGAUUGAGUUGCUGUCUGGACUGACAGCAAGUUAGCCGGACACCGUGCUGAUUAUUCACACCAUGCGGCAAACGCUUGACAGCAAACUCCUUGUUUUAAUGUCAGCGGAUUUGAACUUAAAAGCCCCCAAAGGCGCAGCCGCCGGUUGUGAGAUGUGUCACCUUAGCUUCGUCUGGCUCAACUUUUCCUCAUGUCAAUCCGAGUGUAUGUGGCAAACGUGGAUUUCCCCCUGAUCUACCAGUCUGCCAAGCCGGAGGGCAUUCCCAAGCAGGGUGUGCACCAUUAUCUUACCAGUGCCAGGCACGUCGUUUGAUCUGCACGGAUCUCUGGUGUCUGUGGACUAAUUGCACCAAGAGUCUUCGUGAAAAUCUGAGUUAUUAAUCAGACACUGAGGAUGCCAGUGAAACAGACCUUGCCAAGCAUGACGAGGAUGACUAUGUGGAAAUCAAAGAGCAGAUGUACCAAGAAAAACUGGCCUCUCUAAAAAGACAGCUGCAGCAAUUACAGGAAGGUACACUGCAGGAGUAUCAGAAGAGGAUGAAGAAGCUGGACCAGCAGUAUAAAGAGAGACUCCGAAAUGCAGAUCUGUUCCUCCAGCUUGAGACAGAGCAGGUUGAGAGGAACUACAUCAAGGAGAAGAAGGCAGCGGUGAAGGAGUUUGAUGAUAAAAAGGUUGAACUGAAGGAAAACCUAAUUGCAGAGCUGGAGGAGAAAAAGAAGAUGAUUGAGAACGAGAAAUUAACAAUGGAGCUGACAGGCGAUUCUAUGGAGGUAAAACCUAUCAUGACUCGGAAAUUAAGGAGGCGGCCCAACGAUCCUGUCCCGAUACCAGACAAACGAAGAAAACCUGCACCAGCUCAGCUAAAUUAUUUGUUAACAGACGAGCAGAUAAUGGAAGAUCUAAGAACACUUAAUAAGCUCAAGUCACCAAAACGGCCAGUGUCUCCUUCGUCUCCAGAGCACAUCCCCUCUGCUCCCAUGGAGAACCCCUCCCAGCGUUACGAGGCUCGCAUCGAGGAGGGGAAACUUUACUACGACAAAAGAUGGUACCACAAGAGCCAGGCCAUCUACCUGGAGUCAAAGGACAACACAAAGAUUAGCUGUGUCAUCAGCUCAGUGGGCACCAAUGAGAUUUGGGUCAGAAAGACGAGCGACAGUACAAAGAUGAGGAUCUACCUGGGGCAGCUGCAGAGGGGAGCGUUCGUCAUUCGUCGACGAUCAGCUGCGUGAAAUAUCGUCUCAACCCCACCUGUUUAUUUAUCCAUCCAUCCGCUGUCUAUUCAGUGCAUCUCAUUUGAGUUUAACAUGUGGCCUCUUUUUCAUCUCAUAUUCUUAUAUAUACUUCCCCCUAGUGUACAAACAUACACACGGAUACAGUCUUCCAUGGCCAAAAUAUCCCAUCUGAUUUUUCUAACAUAAACCAAGUACCAGUACAGUAAAAGCAGUCAUAGACACUGUUUUCCAGAAUUAUUUGUCACUAUGUGGCAUGUGUGUGGAAGCAGUUACAAAUAAGCCUAUUUUUGCUGUCAUCACAGACCUUUUCUAUAUUGUGCGGUUUUAUUUACAUUUAUCAUUAAGUUAUUUUGCUCAGCCAACCUCAUGUUGACCCAUAGAAACCGUCUUGAAGGCUUUCAGAUGUCUCACAGGUGUAAUGCGACCGAGCAAGUACAAAAAAAAAAGCUGCUUCGGGUUUAACUGAAGAUCAUUAAACGGAAGAAGUCGCGCCAUUUUCAAGAAUAUGCCUUUUGCACUGUCAUCAAGGCACUGGGGCUGCUUGCUAUGCUGAUGGUUUUUACAUGUUUAAAUGUCCUGUGUGUUAAACCUUUACGUUCUUAUUUGGGGGGGAAAAAAGACACAUUUUGGUAGUUCACUGUUAAUAUGUUGGGUUUUUUUUUUGUCAUUUUACAUGAUCCUCUUCACGUGAACAAUCUGGGUGAGUUCAACUGUAUUAUUGUAAGAUUACUGUUAAUUUGUACUGUGUUCCAUUUUAUUAAAAUGCUUUCUGCCUUUAUUAAGUAAA